GAUCCUUCGAAUUUGGCACCAUCUUCACGGUGAUCUACGACGGUCGGGUGAUUGCCUCGUUGGGCGAUGUUAUUGUGGUUACGGUCAACUACCGCCUGGGGGCGCUCAGUUUUCUGUACGGCGGCUCUGAGGAUGCGCCCGGGAACCAGGGACUGUACGAUCAGAUUUUGGCCCUCAAGUGGGUCCAGGAGAACAUUGGCGCCUUUGGCGGCGACCCGAAGCAGGUGACACUGUUUGGCGAAUCGGCCGGUUCAAUGUCGGUCGGGGCGUUGGUCCUCUCCCCGCUCACCAAAGGCCUCUUCCACCGGGCAAUUACUCAAUCGGGCGCCCCCAACUCCUACCUCGGCUCGGAGAAGAAGGAACUCAGCUACCCAAAGACGGAAUCCCUUGCUGAAAAGCUCGGCUGCAAUGGAACAGAACGGGCGGCCAUUUUAAAGUGUCUUCGGGCCGCCUCGGUGGAACGCAUUCUCCACCAGUCGAAGGGGUCGAUUGCCAAUGGAGAGGCCUUCAUUCCCAUCUGGGGCACCGAUCUGAUGCCCCUUCGACCGGUGGAGGCGCUCAAGACGGGCAAGGUCAAUGACGUCGAUCUAAUGUUUGGCACCACUCGAAACGAGGGCUCCGCCUUCGUGGCCAAGAUUCUCCCCCUGCUGAAUCCGGACACCACCGGAAAGGACCUGCACAUCGCCCAGGUGAAGAGCAUGAUCAAGCUGAUGUUCCUCAUGUUCAGCGAGCCGCACUACGCCGAGGUGGUGGAGUACUACACCAAGGAGCUGAACGAGUCGGAUAAGACGGCGCUGAG